GCGAAAGGAUACCACCGUGAAUACGAGACUUUUCUGAUGUCUCUUGAUAAUCCAAAUAUCAUUAUUCCUGACUGUGAUCUAAAACGGUUUGAAAAAAUUGUAUCUUUAAAUUCCCGCUUUCUUCGAAUGAGUCUCAUCGAGGGACAACUUGAGAUCAUACCAUCAUUGCCUGUUCGCUUUGAAUCCACCAAUAAAAGUUUAGUUGGAGCCCGUAGUUCUUCGCAGGGUGCCUACAGAUUGCUUAAGCUGGAAAAUCUUGAUUCUCUUGAUAAACCCAUUAUUCUAUCUCCCGACGCUGCCGUCGUCCUCAAAGCCAGGUUUUUGGAUGUUAUUAAAUAUAAAGAUACCAGAAACGAAGCGUUUCCCCCAGUUUCCCCAAAUUUCAUCAUUGAGUUGCGUUCACCAAUCGAUUCUUCCCAGAAUCUGCAUCAAAAAAUGAUACGUUAG